GUCCGCGAACAGUCCUCGUCCGAUUCAGAUCAACCAGGAGGUUUGCAGCACUCAAUAGUUUCAGCAAGUGUCUGUUUUUGCUUUGCAAAGUCAACCAAAUCUUACAAUGAAGGCUUUCGUAUUGGGAUCAGUGCUGCUCAUGGCUGCGGUCUGCUCCGGAUCGUACGUUCCUGCCGAUACCCCUGAGGUCGCCGCUGCCAAGGCUGCUCACUUCGCUGCCCACGCCCAUGUCGCUGCCAGUUCCGGUCCAGCUGGUCACCAUUGGGACCAUCAUGAUGCCCCAGCACAGAAGUGGCACGGACCCAUCCACAUCCCGGUGAUCCACAAUGGUGUCCCAGUUGAAACCCCGGAAGUCCAGCACGCCAAGGCUUUCCACGCUGCCUCUUACGCUAAGGUAUCUUCCGGAUACGGUCACCAUGCCCCCUCUGCUUAUGCCCAUGCCCCCGCUUCCUAUGCUCAUGCCCCAGCCCACCACGAAUCCGGAGCCUGGCAUGGACCUCAGCACAUCCCAGUGAUCCACAAUGGAGUUCCAGUCGAAACCCCAGAGGUCCAGCACGCCAAGGCCUUCCACCUGAACGCCCUGCAUAACGCUGGUUCUCACUCUGGAUCAGCUCAAUGGGCUGCUCAAGGGCAUGGACAUGAGGAUGAUGGCUCCUACAAGCCACACCUGUACGAGGCCGAACACUACGUGGAAGGCCUUGGCGUGCUGGACCUCUGGGGUUUCGACUGGGACACCGUUGUGGAUCACUGGGAUGUGCUGAGGUCCAUGCCAGGCUCCGGCUUCGUGGUGGGCUGGGGCAUGGACAUAAUCAGCGGGGGCAUGGUGAGCAUAUCCGGAGGAAACCUUAGCGUAAGCGGCAGCGUGGAAAGCCUUGGCGUGCUGAACUUCUGGGGUUUCAACUGGGACACCCUUGUGGAUCACCGGGAUGUGGAUGGGUCCGUGCCAUUUCUGAGCUGGGGCAUCAUAGUGAUCCCAAUGGUGGCCAACUGGACCGGCACCUGCAGCGACGUGGGCGUGGGCAGCGAAAUGAGCAGCCUUGGCAGCGGCGACCUCAGGGGUAUCGGCAGGAAUCAAGUGUCUGUUUUUGCUUUGCAAAGUCAACCAAAUUUUACAAUGAAGGCUUUCGUGUUGGGAUCAGUGCUGCUCAUGGCUGCGGUCUGCUCCGGAUCGUACGUUCCUGCCGAUACCCCUGAAGUCGCCGCUGCCAAGGCUGCUCACUUCGCUGCUCACGCCCACGUCGCUGCCAGUUCCGGUCCAGCUGGUCACCAUUGGGACCAUCAUGAUGCCCCAGCUCAGAAGUGGCACGGACCCAUCCACAUCCCGGUGAUCCACAAUGGUGUCCCAGUUGAAACCCCUGAAGUCCAGCACGCCAAGGCUUUCCAUGCUGCCUCUUACGCUAAGGUUUCCUCCGGAUAUGGUCACCAUGCCCCAGCCCCACAAUACGGCCCAGCUGCCCACGCUCCUGCCCACAACGGAGCCGGAGCCUGGCAUGGACCUCAGCACGUCCCAGUGAUCCACAAUGGAGUCCCAGUCGAAACCCCAGAGGUCCAGCACGCCAAGGCCUUCCACCUGAACGCCCUGCAUAACGCUGGUGCGCACUCCGGACCUGCUCCAUGGGCCGCUCACGGUCAUGGACAUGAGGAUGAUGGCUCCUACAAGCCACACCUGUACGAGGCCGAGCCGAUGCAGGCGUUCUUCCAUAUAAACUGGAAGUUGAUCCGGUUCGAAGGACCAAUGCUUCAGGCGGCGGGUUCGGACUCACGCCGACAGUUCGCUCACCUGAGGACGGGACAGAAGGACCAAUGUUUCAAGCGUGUGAAGAAGAUUCCGUUCCGUCUUCAGGUGAUCGAACUGUCGGCUCAACCAAAUCUUACAAUGAAGGCUUUCGUGUUGGGAUCAGUGCUGCUCAUGGCUGCGGUCUGCUCCGGAUCGUACGUUCCUGCCGAUACCCCUGAAGUCGCCGCUGCCAAGGCUGCUCACUUCGCUGCCCACGCCCAUGUCGCUGCCAGUUCCGGUCCAGCUGGUCACCAUUGGGACCAUCAUGAUGCCCCAGCUCAGAAGUGGCACGGACCCAUCCACAUCCCGGUGAUCCACAAUGGUGUCCCAGUUGAAACCCCUGAAGUCCAGCACGCCAAGGCUUUCCAUGCUGCCUCUUACGCUAAGGUUUCUUCCGGAUACGGUCACCAUGCCCCAGCCCCACAAUACGGCCCAGCUGCCCACGCUCCAGCCCAUAACGGAGCCGGAGCCUGGCAUGGACCUCAGCACGUCCCAGUGAUCCACAAUGGAGUCCCAGUCGAAACCCCAGAGGUCCAGCACGCCAAGGCCUUCCACCUGAACGCCCUGCAUAACGCUGGUGCUCACUCCGGACCUGCUCCAUGGGCCGCUCACGGUCAUGGACAUGAGGAUGAUGGCUCUUACAAGCCACACUUGUACGAGGUUGAGCACUAUUAAGCCACAUUUCCACGAAUGCCAAACAACCCUAGGAACUAGCCAAAUGUUAAAUACUCAUCACUCUGUCCAUGCCUGAUGCCUUCGCGACUAUUGUAAAAAGCAUUUCACACACCACGUGCGUCAAAAAUUCGCUCAACUAUUGAGUGCCAAGUAGAAUUGUCAAAACAAAGGAAGAGUGCUCCCACUGCCGUCACACCAUAACAACAUACGGGUGACAAUCUUCGACUCAACAUCCUGAUCGAAGUAGGCCAUGCCUUUAGUCACCAGUGGGAGUAGCUUCAAACGAAUGCACAGAUCGAUCGAAGACUAAUUUAACCGAAACAAUGUCACGAGCAACACCAAUAACAACAACAACCUCAAUAAUAAUGAUAGAUAUGUGAAGAUAAUUACGCUCUGUAAUGAUCUUGUUGUGAUCCCUUAACGCGCAGUGUACGCAUUCUGUAAAUGAUCUUGUUAAUUAAACGAUCCUGAACUGCUACUUGCAAAGCAAAUGAUUUAAGGAAUCUUAA